AGCGUGUUUUCGCGUCGCAGCCGUCCCGAACCCCCGGUGUCCCGCGAUCCGGACGCCAUGCUGGCCUCGCGUGGCGUGGGUUUCAUCGCGCUCACCAUGCAGUGCCGCGACCGAGCUGUCGGGGGUUUGGCGCUGAGGGAUUUGGACAGAUCCAGGGCCUUGAUUGAAGCGCCCCCGAAUAUGGGGGGUCCUCCCUGUGAUGGAUACUUUUUCUUUGUUACAAUCGAGAUGGAAUGUGGAUAAUUGACCAUGAAUGUGGCCAUGACUUGGCUUUGCAUAGGGGUGAUGUGUUCUUUUCCCGAACUGUUAAGUUAGGUCUUGGGGAUGUGUUCUUGUCAUUGGUCCCGGUUGGACAGCAAAUCGAUGAAUGUGACCAGUUCGGGGCACACCGGGCCAGCGCACCGGCGAAGCACAUGGGGCACGGCACAUGGUGAGGAAAAGCACAUGGCGAACGGCACAAGACGUGAUGACUUUAAGAAGUGAUUUAAAUGUUUCUAUAAGAUGCUUCUCGACGUCUCAUGUCAACUGAUUUACCUUUGAAUGAGACAUGAGACAUGAGACGUUGUAGUAUUGUCGAAUUCAACUUGCUCAAAGACUGGAGUGAGACGAAGACAAAAGAAGGCCAUGUACCCAAGCAAAUCGGGCAGCGACUCGGGAAUGAAGAACUUAUGGAAAUUCAAGUUGUGGGCAUAAGUGGAGAUGGAUUCCACGUCCACGUGUCCACGUCGGUCACGUGUCCAAGUCGCUCACCGGCUCUGAACUUCGCAGAAUCAUCCGGGAUCGACUUCCAUCGAAACCUGGAGCAAGAGUCGCUGUGAUGAAAGGAACUCAAAAGCUGUCAUUAUCGAAGGCUUUGGCGCAAGAAGGGCGGCUGGCACAAGGGGAACCAACAACUUUGUCCUACACCUAUGAGGUGGCUAGCUUGCACGAGGCUUGGAGAUGCCUCCAAGGUCACCCUGUGGAAGAUGAGUUGAUGGCUCUUGAGGGGGUACUGCAGCUGCAAGGGCUGGCUAAGGAAACUCCGCUGAGUAGCCUUGUCAACCUCACGUGCGAAAACGAAGAGAAGUGGCGUCGCAUUUGGGAGGAAGAACGAGAGCAGAUGCAGAAAGCUGAAGCAGAAGCGAUGGCCAAGAUGGCCCAGCUCCAGAACGCUGAAGGUGGCCACGGUGGUUCUGUCCCACCCAGCCGACCGCUGACCGGUUCAGCGGGCUCGGCCAAAUCUCGUCAGAGUGCGGCAAUCAAAGCGAUGUGAAAGUGCCUAUGCGGCACUGUACAUGGUGUCGUUUUGGAGUUUCUCCAAGAAAAACAGCCAAGCAGAAUGCUUCGUUGAUUCCUUCCGGCGAUGGAUUGGUUCGGCUGCCAGGAAGCUUCCACGUCUCAUUCGCUUUUAGAACCCCGAUUCAGGUCCCAAACGGGCCUUGCAAAAGCAACGCCCGAUCACAAUCCUUGUCGGAAAAGGACGGGAGCGGCGCAAUCGUUGCGGACGGACGGUGUCGGUCGCUGGAUUUGGCCAGCGAGAUCCAGGCUGGUGUCAAGAAGCGUCACAAGGAAGGAACCC